UGCAUGCAUAAUGCAGCCUCCGUCGAGAAGUGUUGCAAGCUAAAUUAACCUACUGUUGUUAACUGGCAAUGCAGCGACCGCUCACAGUACGUGGCGAUCAUAGUCAUCGUGCUGUGCGUCGUAGCCCUGGCGCUGGGCUUCUAUUUCACGACGACAGAUGGUGCCGGCCCGACAUCGACGGCCGUCACGACUGCGGGGUCUCCAGCACAGGUGGAAACAACUACCUCGCCAACCACGAAAGCACCAGACAUUCCAGCCGCGCCAAUACGCAUUGCCACUGGGACCGGUCACAGUACGUCACCAGCACAGUCAUUGUACUGUGCCUGGUAGCCCUGGCACUGGGCUACUAUUUCGUCACCAACGAUGCCGCGCCAUUACGCAUUGCCACUGAUGAAGGCAUACUUCCCUUCUGCAGCGCGGUUUUAGCUUCGGGUUUCCCGCAGUCGGACACUUGUUUCACGCUCUUGCGAGGAUCCGAGAUAAACCUUUUGUUACUCGUUACGUGGAUCGCCUUUCGUCUUUGCCUGGGCGCCUUCAUGCUGGUCGAGCACCACUCUGCUAUGCCCGCGCCACCUCCACUAUUCUGGUACGUGGCGAUCAUAGUCAUCGUGCUGUGCUUGGUAGCCCUGGCGCUGGGCUACUACUUCAUGACGACAGAUGUACGUGGCGAUCAUAAUCAUCGUGCUGUGCUUGGUAGCCCUGGCGCUGGGCUACUACUUCAUGACGACAGAUGGUGCCGGCCCGACAUCGACGGCCGUCACGACUGCGGGGUCUCCAGCACAGCUGGAAACAACUACCUCGCCAACCGUGAAAGCACCAGACAUUCCAGCCUGCGACCUGUGCCGGCGAAGAAUCGGCUGCAGCUAAGCAUCCCACUGCGGCAGCCGGAACCCGACGAUUCACCAUCAGGUGCAUCAGGCUUGCAAGCGUUGUCAGCAUCCUCGAUCACCGAGUCCGACAUUGAGCCACUGGGAAAUGGAGUGUCUAUGGAAGCCAGCGAAGACGACGGCGAGCCCGGCGUGGCCAAGGCGGCAACGUCUAAGUCUGCCGAGCGUAAAGGAACAACUUCCGGAAGUGGGACAAACUCCGGCGUUGGGAAAGUGCCCGCUAACCGAAAAUCUCCAAAUCCUCCCAAAUGAGAAAAAAACAUCAUCCGCAAGAUGUACAAUAAAUGACCAC